AUGGCUGUCGUGCCCGUCGACACGACUCUCAAAGUCCCCCCACCAGACCCCGUUGAGGAGCCUCCCAAAGUCGCAGUGACCCCUUGCGAUCCGUGGCCGAUCCCAUAUUACUUUGAGGGUGGCUUGCGCCGAGUCAAGCCGUACUUCUAUACCUACAAUACCUAUUGCAAGGAGCGAUGGCGGGGUCGAGAACUGCAGGAUAUCUUCGUCUCUGAGUUUAGAGACCGGCCGGCCGAGUACUAUGUACAAGCUCUCACGGACGGCAGGGUCACCGUCAACGGCAAAACCGCGGCGCCCAACACGGUCAUCAAGAACGGCGAAAUCAUCUCGCAUACUCUCCACCGUCACGAACCUCCGGUCACCGGACAUGAGAUUGGAGUCAUCCACGAGGACAAUGACAUCCUAGUCAUCGACAAGCCGGCGGGAGUGCCCGUGCACGCCGCUGGUCGGUAUCACUACAACUCCAUCGUCGAGAUCCUGCGCUCGCAGCGCGGCCAGGAGUUCGUCCCACGGCCCUGCAACCGCCUCGACCGUCUGACUUCGGGGGUGAUGUUCAUCGCAAAGCACCCUCAGGGCGCAGACAUGAUCACCAGGAAACUGAAGCAGCGCACCGUGCAGAAGGAGUACAUUGCGCGCGUCAAGGGCCGAUUCCCCGACGGCGUCGUCGUGUGUGACCAGCCGAUCAUGUCCGUCAGCCCCAAGCUGGGACUGAAUCGCGUGCGCGCCACAGGCAAGGACGCAAAGACCAAGUUCCGCCGCUUGGCGUACUACCCGGCUGCGUCGCCGGCGCCCGAGACGGACGAGGUCACGGCGAGCGGCGAGCGGCCCGCGACGCCGCCCCCGCUGCUGGCCAACGAAGACGAAGGCUACAGCAUCGUGCACUGUCUCCCGCUGACGGGCCGCACGCACCAGAUCCGCGUCCACCUGCAGUUCCUGGGCCACCCGAUCACCAACGACCCGAUCUACUCGAACCGGCGCGUGUUCGGGCCCGACCUCGGCAAGAACGAGGACACGUCCGAGCGCGACGACGAGAUCAUCGACCGGCUCUCGAAGAUGGGCAAGACCGAGGUCGCCGACACCACCGCCAGCACCAGCACCGGCACCUACCGCACGCACCUGACGACCGUGCCCCCCGUGCCGCCGGGCACGCACCCGUCCGUCGUCGAGGAGAUCAUGUCGCGCGAGCACGAGGCCGCCGUGCACGACUACCACAAGCGCAAGGGCGAGCGGCUCUCCGGGCUAGUUUGCGACGUCUGCGGCACGGAGUUGUACACCGACCCGGGCGUCCAUGAACUGGGCAUCUUCCUGCAUGCCGUCGCCUACUCCGACCUCGAGGGCCAGUGGAAGUACCGCAGCAAGAUGCCCACGUGGGCCAUGCCGCCCAAGGGCCUGGACGGGCCCCGCGAGGCCCCGGACUGGGUGUUCGGCCCCGAGGAAGAGGAGGUGGUUAUCGGCCACGCGCCGCUGCCGGAGGGCAUGGUGAUGGCGGACGGCGAGGACAACCGCGUCCUGGUGCGCGGAGUCGGGCUGGUUGAUAUCUCUGCGGCGCGCCAGCAGGAGUACCAUGAGGGUGCGGGGGAGACGGCACAGGAGGAGGCGACAGUCACAGCAUUAUAG